AUGGUGACACUGAGCAGCCAGAGGACCUGGACGAGUCGGACUGUUACCAACAAGAUGAACCUCAGCAACGGGACUGACUGCGAUCAGGUCCAAACCCCGGCCCACGUGUUCUUCAUGCUCGUCUACAGUCUGCUGUUCCUGGUGGGUCUGCUCCUGAACGGGUUCACCCUGAAGGUUUACUUCCUCCGAGGCCAGCAGCAGACCACCAGCAGCGUGACCGUCUACCUGAAGAACCUGGCGGCCUCCGACUUCCUGAUCAGCCUCUGUCUCCCGAUCCGAAUCCUCCACUUCGCCAGCAGCUCCACCCCCGUGCGCCUGGUCUACUGCAACUUUGGUUCUGCCGCCUUCUACCUCAACAUGUACGCCAGCAUCCUGUUCAUGGGGUUCAUCGCCGCCAACAGGUAUCUGAAGAUCGUCCACCCUUUAGGAACUCACAUCCUGCAGACCGUGAGAGUCGCCCGCCUCGUCUCCACGGCAACCUGGCUCUUCCUUCUGGCGUCGUCCUGCAGCUACAUCGUCCUGUCCCUCCUCACCCAGGAGCCGUCCCACUCGGCCCCGGUCACAGUCAGCUGUGAAGUCCUGCACAGUCCACAGCUCAGCGUCUUCUACAAGUUCAUCCACUCCUGCUCCGCCACCAUCUUCCUGCUGGUCCUCAUCUCCCUGGUGCUCUUCUACUACGGCACCUCCCGCAGGCUGGCGCAGGUGCAGCAGCGGCAGCCGGCGUCCUCCAGCUCCACCAAACUGGCCAAGUCCCGCAGGAACAUGUUGGUGCUGGUCAUCGUGUUCUGCGUCUGCUUCGUCCCGUACCACCUGGUCCGACUGCCCUACGCCUUCCUGGCCAAGCAGUGCCGCUGGAGGCAGACCUUCUUCUACCUGAAGGAGCUGAGCAUCAUGGUGUCGGUGCUCAACGUCUGCCUGGACCCGCUCAUCUACUUCAUCUUCUGCAAGGCCUUCAGGGCGCAGCUGGGCACCAGGAGGCCGCUCACCUCGUCGCAGGUCCUGACCAACGCAGGAAGACUCGAGAUGAGAAGCAACGACGAGUGGUGA